AAACAGACGUGGAAAGAAGUCUGGCAUGAUUUACGAUCGGGCCGAUGGGGGCGCGUUGGUCUCUGGCUUCUGUUCUUCUGCUGGGUGAUAUUUAUUCUUCUAGUGAUCUAUUCUCUUGGUUCAUAUGAUUCAUCAAGUAGUUUUAGUGACUAUACUUCACGAUCAGCAUAUCAGCCAGACGGGAAUUUCAGUCCGUUCAUUGGCAAUUUCAAAAUUUGGGACUCUUCGGGUUUCUUCGAGAUCACUUUGAGAUUGGCGCGCGUUGACUUCAUUUUUCAACUGACACUCAUGGAUUGGCAGCUUGUUGGCCGAUUCGGCCAAACUAUCCUGGCUUACGUGUCAUGGCGAACGUUUGCCGACUACAUUUCCACCUCGAUGGCUCAUAGCCCCAUAACCUACAGGACAUUCUGGAUCGUCUUCAUCCAGAAUGAGCCUGGCCUGACGUCCAUUUUCCGUUUGAUGCGGGAUUCUAUAAAGUACCGUCGACUCGAAUUGGUCGUGGCGAUGCUCUUCAUGGUCGCGACCAUGGUCUUUCUCCUUGCUUGGCCGACACUGGCGAGCGCAAUGACUGGGUACACCACCGCAAAUGAGGCUUACAUCAAGAGUCUGGAUGACGAAAACACUAUCAAAUUCUCGUAUUUGAAGCCCCUGUCUUACGUUAUCCACGAC